AUGAACUCAAACGCUCCUAGCUAUUCCACUGCAACUUCUGAUGUGAAUGUUAGAAUGAUGGAGGUCCAGGUGUCUACUUCUUGCGAAGCUGAAGUUAACAGACCAGAGAACACAAAGAGAAGCUAUGCUUCUAAGCAAAAAGAGUAUAAAGAUUGGUGUGAUGAAGCUUUCUCAAGUAUUCCCCUCAAAAAUUGCUACACUGUAUAUGGAGAUAAGCUCCAUUUGUUUCUUAAAGACUGUAGAGCACUUCCUCUGAUGGUCAGAAAGUUGGCUGACAUGCAGAAUGUGGACAGUAAGUUUUGCAGAGAAGUUCUGCGGGAGUUUGGUGUUUUUCACCAGAAGAUUGACGACUUGGUAUCUGGGAGAAUCCCUCUUCAGUCCCUUCAAGAAGAUGGAGGGAAAAGAUGUGGAGCUAGAUCAACAGAGGUCCAAGCAUUCCCAGUCCUGGCCAACAACUCUGGACCAAUUUCCCAGCUGCCAGACAUACCUGUUCGGUAUAGAAUGAGCAGAGAUGUGCAGAUGGUACCUGACUUGUGGAGAGAAUGGCAUGUGGGACUCUCUGGCUGUGUCUCCGUACACGAGAUGGAGACGAGGUAUGGUGUUGCUUGGAGAAACAAUGAUUGA